AUGGGCCUGGGAUCAUUCUUCAACCAGCUCAAACAAUUCUUCGUCUCCUCACCGCUCGUCCCCAAAACCAUCCAGCCAAAGCGGGCCAAAAAACUCACAAUGCUGACUAAAGCUCAACAACAGAACUAUGUGGCGAUCGAUUGCGAGAUGGUGGGCGUGGGACCGAACGGCAGUGUGAGUGCACUGGCACGAGUGAGCAUCGUGGAUUUUCAUGGAAAUGUCCUCCUCGACGAAUACGUCAAACCCACCCAACCAGUCACCCAAUACCGUACCUGGGUCAGCGGUAUCAGACCCAAACACUUGAGAAAUGCUCGUGGCUUUAAAGCCGUCACGAAAAUUGUUUCACGACUGAUAGACAAAAAGAUCUUGGUAGGCCAUGCGAUCCACCACGACUUACAGGCCUUAGCAAUGAAGCAUCCUCCAGACCUGAUACGAGAUACGUCGACUUACCAGCCGUUGUUGACUCUGGCUAAAACAGACCGGCCUAGCUUGAAGAAGUUAGCAAAGCUGAUAUUAGAUUUACAAAUUCAGCAAAAAUCACAUUGUUCAAUCGAUGAUGCAAAGGCAACCAUGGCUAUCUAUCGUACUCAGCAGGAGGAAUGGGAAGACGAAUUACUUAAAUCAAAAAAACAACAAGCUGAACUGCUGUCGCCUGAGAAACAUGAUAUCCUUCCAAAACAACCAUCAUAG